AAGACUGAAGAAAUAAAAGGAAUGGGCUCUGUCAUCAAGUUUCUUUCGCUUCUCAUGGUUGUCUUGGCGAAUAUCGUAAACACGACAGAGGUCGUCAAGGAAUACGGUAAGUUCUACUGUAAAUAAACACUCAUUGAAUGUAGGUCAACAUUUCGGAAUAUAAACCAAAAAAGUCAACUUAACAGUCAAUAUUCGAAUGCAGCCGAAAAUGGUGAAAUGGUGAAAAUGGACGACUUUAUAAUAUACUCCAAAAAGGUGCCUUUUACAGAAAAUUGGACUUUUGAAAUUCAAGCACUAAUUAAAUGAAAUAUUCCGUGUUUCAAUGAAAAAAAUGAUCAACUUUAUGAUAUAUUCUAAAAAUACGGAAAGUUGGACAACCUCAAUCACGUCUUAAUUCUGUUGAUACUUUGCGCUUCAAUUGUUUCUAACAAUGUAAAUAUCUCAGCGAGCAUUUACCCCCAAGCUUUUUUAACGGCCGUCGAAAUCCGGCCUCACAAAAUAAUCUUUCAACGUGGAUUACAUAACCCAAAAUAUCGAACAUUUUCUCACCCAUUGCCAAAUUUCUGUUAUUUCAUUUGUGAAUGUAAUAUUGUGUGUUUCAGAUGACCCAGCAUCCACUGCAUAUGGCGAACUUAGAAAGGAUUAUAAAAAGUUUGAAUUCGCGAUCAUAAAGGCGAACUUUGGUCGUCCCCCUGGAAGUGGGAGUCAUUUUUUCUUGAAACAGAACGAAAAAUCUUGUGUGAAACGCUGUAAUGAAACUAGAAAUGCUACACACUUCUGUCAUUGUGAUAGAUUGUGCUCACUUUAUAAAGAUUGUUGUGUUGAUUACUGGCCAAGGUAGGUUUAAAAUUAUCGUGUUUGUGAUAUCAGAGAAAAUUGCUAAAAACCACAGGAACCGCUGGAUGGGGGGGGGGGGGGGGGGGGAGAGGGCUGCAGAGGAUCUGGCCGGGGAGGAAGGGGUUGUGCCCCCAAUGUUUUGCCAAGUAAAAGAAAAAAGUAAUCUAACCACAACCAUUCACUUCCAAAAAACACUUGGCGGCCACUGGUGUACUGUAAGCUUAACUCAGGAAACGGAAAGUUGUGGGGCAGAUUAUGAUAAUAAUCUCUAUGGAGAAUGUACGAUGAGAUUAAGUAAAGGGAGGGAGAAAUUAAAAAAUACGGAUUUAGGAAUUGAAACCCCAUUGAGGAACCUCUCGUAAUUCAAUUCAAUGUCAACAACUACAACUUUUAUUGUACUUCAAAAACACUGCUUACAUAUAUAUUACAUAAAAAAAGGAAGAAAUUUACACUGAUUUGAGAAGUAUACAUGUCACCUAAUAACCAUUUACUGCUAGCAUAGACUGGUGACAUUUACAUUUAUAUAACACACAUUAGUUUGAAGUCAUACAGUGAGAAGCUGAAAGAAACAACAUAUUAGUACAAAUUGACAGGUACAUAUACCGAGCACUACUACUGGAUGAAAGAAUACCACUAUUUAACAAUAUAAUUAAUUUGACCACAAGUUAUUAAAAGCCAAUUAUCAUUGAUGCUGUAAAAUUAACGCAAUAUUUAUACAGCAAUAUAAGGAAAAUUUACUGAACUUCAGACAUCAUUUUCUCUUUGGCGUACCGUCUAAAAUCUCUUUAUUUUGGCAUAAUUUUAUAGAUAAUGCACUAAUUAUAUAAAACAUACUUUUUAAUUAGUUUUUUUGCCGCUUGAGAAACGUAUCAAAAACUAAAACCUUGAAUAUAUAUAGUCAUAACCAAGUGGCCUAUAUAGCUAUACUAUCCCACUUCAAGUGGGAAACUAUAUUCAUUUAUAGUUUUCAGUGCGUGUUACAUACAAGGGUGGGUUGACUACAAAAUUUUUGUAGUUCGCUAUAACUACAGCUACUUCAAAAAUAUGUAGUCAGCUACAACUACUGCUACUUUUGAACAAAGGUAGUUCGCUACUGACUACAGCUACUGCUUAAAAAAUGUAGCGAACUAUUUCGCUACUCUAUAUUUUUUAGUUUACGGUAUUUGGAGCGUAGUUGAGCAUCCACUAACUCAGGCUGUAAUAUAACCUAUAACAAAUCGACUUACGAGUAGCAACAGUAAACAAAAAGGGUCAAAGCAACAUUUUUGUAAGCCCUACAGUGUUCAGGAGUGCCACUUUUCAUUGCGCUAAAAUAAUCUUUACUGUAUAAAAUAAUCUUUUAAGCAAACCGUGUCUUAAUAUCAUUCUAUUCUAUGAACGAUUUCUAACAAUUUUAAAAAGUAGCGAAUAGCGAUUUGCUGUUUGAAAAGUAGUCAACUAUUUGGCUACUUUUAGGCAAAAUGUAGUUCGCUAUAACUACAACUACUGUUUUAAAAAAGUAGUCAAAAACUACUGGCUACUUGAAAAUUGUAGUUCGCUACUGUAGCGAACUACUACUACUUCGCUACUACCCACCCUUGGUUACAUAACAUACAAAAGAUUCUCCUCUUAAUUAAUUGCUGUUAAACUGCUGCUUUUUUGUUCCUGCAGUUGCAACGUAACUACCAAACCAUUCAAUCGGUCAGCGCAAGAACUUUGGGACUGUGUGGACGCUAAAUUCAGGCAAGCAAAAAGCAACAGAAGCCUGGCACCCAUUGCAUAUAUGAUGAUAAGCCGUUGCCCGGGAACGAACAUAACAGCCAAUCAGAGUUCACGAAAUUGCAUCAGACCUGAGACCAACCGUACGGAUAUUUCCGAACGCAUUCCGGUGACUGGAGAAGAUGGAAAAACAUAUAGAAACGCAUAUUGUGCCAAGUGUCACGGGAUUACUAAUAUCACUCAUUGGGGUCUAAUGGUAGUAUGCUUUGAUCCGGUAAAGAACGGAACUAAUCUCGCAUACGGAAGUGCUUACCUGUGGGAGAAUUGUACCUGGUACGUAUCCCCGGGGAAUGAAAGUACUCUGUCAGCAAGUACUUGUGGACAGUCGACUCUGUGCGAAUCUACGAUCAACACGACAGAGUCGUUGAAAUACAAUGAUCUUGUGAACAAAUGCAAAGCUUAUUCUCAACUGCUUGAGGUGGACGAUGCACUAUAUAAGAAUUUUCACUGUGCUUCAUGUAACGGGAAAAGCGUCAAGAAAUUCAAGAAACCGCCUGAGAAUGUUAAAAACCCUUCACUGUCGUUAUUUUUCGAUUACAAGUCGCUUUCACGAGGGUCUGACGACGAGGACGCUGAAGUUACGAGGGUUGGGGAGAGUUCUGAUGAAGUCAUUCAGGGAUAUCUCACUAUGAUUGGUCUAUCGUUAUCAAUCACGUGCCUAUUAGCAGUCGUGAUGACGUACAUCCGGUUUACAACAUUGAGAACAGUCCCAGGCCUCGUAUUGAUCGCACUGUCGCUAUCACUCCUAGCAUAUCAAGGCCUCCUAUUGGCUAGCCCAUAUGUGACGUCAGGAACUCCAGGAUGCAAAGCUAUGGCAGUUUCGUUACACUUGAUGAUCCUCUCUUCUUUUGCAUGGAUGACAGUUAUGAGUUAUGAUGUGUGCAAGACAUUUUCUCGAAAAGGUGGGGUAUAUUAUUUUCCUAUCAUUACUUAUAGCCACUGAUGAGUUUUGAAUAAUCCUGAUUAAAUUUUGAAAACAAAUCCAUAUUCUUUUGCUCUAAACAACGAUCGAUAUCUCAAACUAAAGUAUUUCUAUUUAUUUUCAUUUAUAAUUAAAACUUCGCCUGGAGGCUAAAAAUUAACGUUGCCUCUGUACAUGUAAAUAUAAAAGACAAACAUAGGAAAAAGCAAAAGAACAGCAGUGAAUACCAAUUACUGUGGGCUCUUAAUUAAUUAAUAAAACAAGUUUACAAAAAUUAAUAAUUAAGUUUAAAUAAAAUAAACACACACAAAUAAAAAUAAAAUUAAGUUAAUCAAUGAUUCAUAAUCAUUUCUGUACUUCAUUCAGGCAAGAGUAAGUCAAACCGUUCUGCUUUCCACCGUUAUGUUAUCUUCGCCACGUCCAUCUCCGGUGGGAUUGUGGCAUUGACGUUCACGCUUGGCGAAACAAACGCCGUCGACGUUGGAUAUGGUAAGGAAAUUAUUAUACAAAAACGGUAAAAGAUGAUAGGGGACAAUAGGACAUAGAUAGAUUUUGUUAUGAUGUAUGAUGGAAAGAUUUACUAGAUAGGAAGGCUGUUAUUUGUGUGGAAAUGGCGCGUUACAUUACACUUUUAAAAUGCAAGAAUUAACACAAUGGAUAUAUCUGCCACCAUUGACUCGGGAGACAAAUGAUAGAAUUCAGGGUGCGAUAAUUCGCAUACUUAAGUACCGGAGGUAUGCCAAUAUUAUUGUCUGGUACUUUUUUGUUUUCAGCCACGUACCACGUACGUACGCGGAACUCUUGCUACGGAAGAGGAACUCUAACUCUACGCGGAACUCUUGCUAUCUUGAAAUUGAAAAUUGAUUGAAAAAUUGAUCUGCGUACUUACUUUUUGCUGGUACCACAUAACCUUUCCAAGUCCAAGGUAUUCAAUACCGUAAUUUAGUUGGUAUAUCAUGUGUUUGAGAUGUCUUGGCAUGAAACAUGAUUGCACUGAUGGCACUAAGAAACGUCGGAGUCGGUUGUUUGAAAUCGCAGAACUCCCUUUUCAAAUAGCAAAACCCCUUUUCAAAUAGCAAAACUCCCGUUUCAAAUAGCAAAACUCCCUUUUCAAAUAGCAAAACACCCUUUUCAAAUAGCAAAACACCCUUUUCAAAUAACAAAACUCCCUUUUCAAAUAGAAAAACUCCCUUUUCAAAUAGCGAAACACCCUUUUCAAAUAGCAAAACUCCGUUUGCUAUCUCGUAGUCUGAACAUGUUUUUCAGAAACCUGUACUUUAUGAACCUUACUUUUAAAGAUUAAGUACACAUUGAGCUUUGAGUACUGAGUUUGUUCUAGCGCUAGUAUAUAAGCGGCAACAACCAUUGGCGUACCAGUCAGAUACGACUCAGUAGAAAUCUUGAUUGAUCGCACCCUGAUAGAAUCAUACGAUUAAACGAAUAAAAUCAAUUGCAAGGAACGAGACAGGGAAACAAUUAAGGAAUGAGAUAAUAUGGAAGGCGAAUUGUCAAUGUUGAAAAUAAAUAAUGAAUCGAACAAGAAGUAUAGGGAAAAAAGACUACUUUAAUACUAGAAAGGUGAACGAAAGAAGGAAAAUGUGGAUAAAGGUAAAAUGGAGAAACUGCAAGGAAAUUAUAGAAGAAUUAACUACAAGGAAAUUCCCAACGAACUUUAAUCAGAAAGUUUUUCUCAUAUUUUUCGAAGGUGAAUCAACAUCGUGUUGGAUUGGCAAGCAGCUAGCUUUGAUCUUAUUCUUCUACAUCCCAGUGGCAAUCAUGCUGCUCUUCAACGCUGUGUCCUUAAUAUGGACCAUAUUCAGUAUUCGUAAUGUCACUAAGGUAAUUUAGUAUUCUGGGUUAUUUUUUCUGCAGAUAAGAUGCCAUGUUGGCAAUUAGCCUUUCUCACGGCCAUUCUCGGGGUACUGCCCCUCCCACGUUCGAGAGUCUCCGCACCACGAAAUACAACUUUUUAGUAUUCUAGUUGUUUGUAUAAUGGUAAAUUUACAGUUACAACUUUUAAAGGUCGCUUUUCACGUUGUUGGAAUUGUAUAGAAUCUUUCACGAAGGCAGACAGUACCCCAAAAAUGGCGGAUUUUAGGCGAUAACUCGCCGCGAGAUAAUGCGAGUUUAGGCAAUUUAGAUCCCAGAGGCAAAGUAGGCCUGAUUUUGUCCUUCGUGAGAAAGGGUGAUUGGCUGUACUUGGCGGCAGAUCCAAAGCAUUGCCAAUGGAUUUUUCUUAUCUAUAAUAUAGUUUCAACACUCUGGGCGUUGCUACAACACCAAAAUGGUGUAGAAUCGUCACAGCUCAGUAGAAGACACUGAUUUACUGAUUUAAUGUAAAUGAUAACACCAUUUUUGUGCUAGUGAACACCAAAUUUACACGCAACAAGUGUAUCGAAAAACCUAUACUGGGUAUACUAAUGUAAACAGGGUUCGUACAUGUCAGGAAGAGUCAAAUUCAAGGACUUUUCAGGGACAUUCAAGGCCGUGUGUCAGCAAUUCAAGGACUAAAUACUGAAGAAGAAGGCGUUAGAAAUCAGCAAAAUCUGACGUUGAAUUGUUCAAAACGUAACUUUAUAAUGAGGUCAGAUACGAACAUGCAAAAUCAGUUCAACAAAAUGUCCGUCUUGAAUGUCAAACAAUUUCAGAAAAUAUCCAAAAACUAAAGCAAGAAGAAUUCAAGGACAUUCAAGUACUUCUUUACAAAUUCAAGGACAUUAAGGCCUUGAAUUUUUGUUUUCAAAUUUAAGGACAUCCAAGGACUUUCAAGUUUUGUACGAACCAUGUUUACACCAAAUCAUCUCCAGAGCUGCAAUGAUAAUUUUGGUGUUGUACCAACACCAAGAAAUUUAGAGUAAAUAGGAGUCCAGUAUCUGUCGGAUCUUAUCUAACUAUAAAUUCCACUUCAAGGUUUGUUUAGACUCUGCCUAUACAUAAUCUCUAUCUAUGUAUGUAUUUAUAUAAUAUUUUAAUAGUUAUUGUAUAUAUAUGGCUUAAUGUUCUCUACUUUAACUUUUCAGCUAACAAAAGGUGUUCAAAAAUCAGUGAAAUCCGACAGUCGAGGCCAAAAUGCGAAAAUCUACAGUAAGCUCUCGACCGUGAUGGGCGUUACUUGGUUCCUGGGUUUUGGUGCUGCUCAUAACACCAUAGUUGCCUACCUCUAUAUCAUUGUCAACAGCCUACAAGGUAUGAACUUGUCAGAGAGACAAUUGUAUUUUAUUAUGCCCAGCCAGUUCUCACACUCUAUUCAUGUUUAUCAUAUUCAAUAAGGGGUGAACCUAUAGAUAUCCUGGGAGAUUUUCGUUGCAAGAUUUCUUUAAGUUCAGGGCUUUGUCGAACUUUUUAGGGUGUAGAAGCUGUGCAGGAAUAUUUUUAAUAAUUUUCUGUAUUUGCCAUGUACGUAACAACGGACAAGUUGUAACAAACCUGCAGCAGACUUGUAGUACAUUACCGUUGCCAGUACAUCACGGCAUAGUUUUUAAAAUUUUAUUGUUAGUUUAUAAAACAAUUAAUGGCACGAGUCCAAGGUAUCUGACUGAUCUACUACAGUUUCGUGAAUCCUCAAGAUCACUACGAUCUGUAUCGAAUGAACUCUUAAGUCAACCGAGAACUAUUACGAAGACAUAUGGUGAUAAAGCUUUUUCAGUUUGUGCACCUAGACUUUGGAAUAUUUUACCAUUGGAUAUUCGCAAGUCAUCUAGUGUUUACGCUUUUAAGAAGUCAGUUAAAACUCAUCUUUUUUCAAAAUUUGUUAGUAGCAAAUCUUUAUUCAUGUAGAUAACUUUAGGUACCUUACUUUGUUUGUAUAUAGUAGUUUUAUUCUAAAUCAUGUAAAGCGCCUUGAACAGCUUUGAAUUUGUGCGCUAUAUAAAUAAAGUUUAUUAUUAUUAUUAUUAUUAUUAUUAUUGUAGCAAUGCUGUUCCAACAACUUGUCAACAGGAUGUGUUCGCACUGCUAGUUCUGAGCUUGUUGACAAGUUGUCAACGGCUUGUUGGCAACUUGCUACAAGGUUGUUGAGCUCAACAGACUUAUUACCAAAUGUACAUAAAUUGGUUGAUCGAGGGUCUGGACGAGGUUAACCGACUAUAAACCUUUCCCCUCUUUUGACUGAUAGCUGGCAACCAUCUUAGUUAACAGCUGAUGAAUGACAGCAAUUUGAAUUUUGGCUGCGAAGUUUACUUUAUAAACUAUUUCUACAUUUGAAACAGGAGUUUUCAUCUUCUUCACGUUUGUCUUAAACAAGCGAACAAUGAACAUGUGGCGGAACGCAGCAUCAACACGAAGUGGACGUAGUUCAACAAACACAAGACAAACGCGAGUCUCGAAGUUCACCAAAGCUACAGGUGGACCUUAUGCGUCAACCAUUCAACUGAACGACAAAAAAGAACAACAACGCGAGACGGGCUUUACUAACCUCGCACAAUCAACCAAUAAGUGAAUAGAAAGUGGGAGAAUUUGGUCAUAUUCUCUCCAGGGUGCUUCAACUUAAAUCUGUGAACAGUUUUUAAGGAGCAGCCAUCUUUGAUCCCUCAGAUAACUUCAUUGGGACUUUAUUUCUAACAUAAUUAAAAACAUUUAAUUACGUAACACUAUAGUUUAUAUAGUUGAAGAACCUUACAUGCAACUCAAAGUUUUAAAAGGAAUAAAAGC